AUGGUUCGAAAUUUCUCUGGACCUGGCGCCUUCAUUGUUGGACCUGGCGUCUCCAAUGUCGCAUCUGAUGAUGCCAAAAAUCAGACAAAAUGGCCCAAGAACCCCAAAGACGUUGUUGUAAACGAAAUUGACACCGGUGCACUCAUCAAUGAAAUGGCAGCACUUCACCUUUUACCAGGGAAACUCGAGCUACCACCACGCGAGUUCAUCCCGGAAAAACGUGUGAAUCAAAACCCAGAGGGUCUAAUUUGGGCACUCAAUGAAAAUGAGGAGCCUCCUAAAAUUCCGGAAGGGACAUAUCGGGGGACUCGUCUAGCGCUGACUCAAGUCUACGAUCUUAUCGAACAACGUUAUGUAUCUUUUAUGGAUAUAGCCCAGAUCGAAUCUUCGAUUCCAUCGGCUCAGACCUUGGACAAGAAACAAGAACUAUUCAAGUUCACACAAGCAGCGCCUGUGGAGGACGGCGGCGACGGAUAUCCACCCCAUCUUAAUCUUGCAAUUAAUCUGGCAUGGGCGAAUUCUAUGAGCGAGGCGGAUGUGAGCCAGAAAUCAAAUUUUCCGGUCUGGGGUAUUUUCGAUUUUUUGCGCUUGGCGCAGUUAAAGGGAAUCAUGUUAGGAAUUUUGCCGGGCAAGUUGGGUGGAGGAACUCCUGAUGUAGGAAAGAAGCUCGCCGAUGUGGAGGCUUAUAAUAGAAAGUCACUCGAAACUUGGGGCUGGGUCAAGCGCAUACAGUUUGAUGUGUUCGAUCGCCGCAACAUUGGCGAGUUAAAAGAUUGGUAUAGCGAUGCCCGGUUCGCCCAACAACAUUUUACAGGUUCAAAUCCUACAACAAUUGAACAGGCUUCGGAUGGAAUGAUCAGGCACUUUAUCGAUGCCGCAAAGACACAAGAAGAUAAAGUAGCUAAGGAUACCAUCAUCGAGCUUAGUAUCGACCAUCGCAAGUCUCUUUAUAUGCAGGACUGUAGCUAUUUUCGCAAGGCUGCUGGUCUGGAUCUAGCUGAUGAUAUUAGAUAG